UGUGGAUUAUCGUGUACUUCCCCAUUGAGGACACGGUCAGUCACCCAAUCAGAUUACAAGAGGUGAAGACGCUGAUGGGGGACACGGGGGAGCAGGCUGGACUGAGGGAGGGAGACACCUGUCUGGCCCCCUACUUUGUCGGGGAUAGACUCCACACAGCAAAGAUAAUCAGAUGCACAGGGAACAGAAUAAAGCUGCUUCAUGACUAUGCCAAGUUACUGAAUUUAAGGAAGAGAACUGACGGAGACUUCCUAUCUGAGGAGGAGACAAUGGAGCACAACACAGCAGAAAAUGACACAGGCUCCAUUUGGAAAUAUGCCAAAGCUGUAGGUGGUGAGAUUGUAGGUGGACUGACAGUGUUGGCGGCACCACUGGUUUUGUCAGCAGGUAGUGUGAGUGCUGUAGUGGCAGCCACCGUGAUGACUAAGGCGGUGCCUGUCCUGGCCCUCACUGCCGCGGGCGUAGUCGCCGUCAGGGAAAUGGUCACAGAGGAUCACGAGACUACAGAGUCUGAGGAGAAACACGUAUCUAAGCCUACAAAGACAAGCAAAUCACAGGCUCCACAGAGCCCAGAGGCCACAGAAAAGGACCAAUCAGGGAGCCUGUUAUCUGGGGCGGGGCUCCGGUCAGCUGUGAAGGGCGUGUUUAGCUGGUUCUCAGGGCCGUCCGAGGGCGAUGAUGAUAAAGAUUCCACCCAUGUUGACAGUGCCAAGGAUAAAACAGAAGACAGCUCUCUGUUAAUAGAUUUUAGUGAAGAUGAGACCAAGAACUCAUCAACAGAAAGGGUCCCUUCUGUAAACAGCUGCACACAAGAUAGAGCCUCAGCUCAGGACAUGAUGAAUAGUAGCCGAGACUGGCUGACUGUGGAGAACCAGCAAAUGUGGGAAGAGGGGGUGUGUAGAGUUUGUAAGGACAGCGAAGUGGCUGUUCUGUUUGACCCCUGUGGACACAUGUGUGCUUGUCUAGACUGCUCAGUGGUUCAAAGACGAUGCCCGAUGUGUAGUCAGUUCAUCAGCGUUCAUCACAGGGUGUACAGGUCAUAGCUACUGGACAGGUGAUGUUUUGAGUGAACUACAAACAUGUAUUUGAUAUCAAACAUUACAAUAAUUUAUCUACAUGUACCUGAAAAUUGUAAUAUUUUGGGCUCAGUGGAUAUUGUUCUUGGAGCCCGGUUGUUAGAUCAGCAGAUUGA